UGUUUUUGUUUUUUACUCCACAUAUGUUUACUUAAAAAUUUGCGAAGCAGACAAUUUUCAUUUUUGUGUCAUUUUGCCUAUUAUUAUUUGUGGUCAAAAUACGCAAUACAUAUAUAGACUACGAAUAAUAAGUGUUUUUGGCAUUUAAGAAAUGUACAAAUAUGGCCACAAACUAUCGUCCAGUCUUUGGCAGAGUCAAAUUUAUGGUAAAACAAACAGCUGGCUGGCCACUGCUUCACAAUUGAGAUGUCUUCAAUCAAACGCACCACAACAGGACUCCAAUGUGUUUCGUAAACGUAAAUUUAUACCGCCUGAUCCUUCCAAAGUUGCCAAAGGUGUUGUUCCUAAUGAAAUAAGGGUGGUAAUUUGUGGUGGUGGCAUCAUGGGUGCCUCGGUGGCUUAUCACUUGGCUUUAAUGGGCUGGGGUAAGGAUACCCUGCUGGUAGAGCAAGAUAAAGUGGGAGGCGAAAAUCCCUGGUGUGCCAGUGGUUUGGCAGGGCGUUUUGAACCCAGUUAUACAGAGUUAAAACUAGCAGAAUAUUCUAUUGAAUUGAUAAAAGAACUGAGCGAAAAAGGUCUGCGUACUGGCUGGAAUCAGGUGGGCAGUCUAAAUUUGGCACGCACCUUCGAUCGCAUGACUUCUUUUAAUCGCAUGAAAUCUCAGGGUGUAGCCUGGGGUAUUCCCACCGAGAUUUUAACGCCCGAACAGUGUCAGGAAAAAUGUCCUAUUAUUGAUACAAAUGAUUUGAUGGGUGGUUUAUGGAUACCCGAGGAUGGUGUUUGUGAUCCUCAAUUAGUGUGCCAAUCAUUUUUGGAGGAAGCUAAGCGCAUGGAUGUGCGUGUGGUGGAACAUUGUGCUGUUAAAAAAAUCCUCAGUGAACAUGGCAAAGUCACGGAAGUGGAGACUACUGGCGGUAAUAUUCAAUGUGAAUAUUUCAUCAAUUGUACUGGUUUUUGGGCAAGAGAAGUCGGUACUCUGUCCAAUCCUCCUGUAAAAAUACCUCUUAAGGCUGUGGAACAUCAUUAUUUAUAUACUAAACCUAUUGAGGGUUUAAAAUCUAAUACGCCAUUUGUGCGUGAUUUUGAUGGUGGCAUAUAUUUUAGGGAAAAGAAUGGUACCAUUUUGGCGGGUGGUUUUGAACGUGAGGCCAAAGUGGCCUUUGAGGGUGGCAUUAAACCUCUGUCACAAAAGGAACGUGUUUUACCAGCCGACUGGGAUCAUUUCCAUGAACUGUUUGAUGAGGUGUUAAAAAGAGUGCCUGCCUUAAGAACUGCCAAAUUAGAUCGUUUGACCAAUACUUUACAGGCAUUUUCUCCUGAUUGUAAAUGGAUUUUAGGCGAAGCUCCGGAAAUACAAAACUAUUUCGUUUCUGCUGGCAUGAAAACAAUAGGUGUAUCAGCCGCUGGUGGUAUUGGUCGUGCAUUGGCAGAACUUAUAGUUAAAGAUACUUGUUUUGUGGAUAUACACAUCCUAGAUAUACAUCGCUUUUUGGGCCUACACAAUAAUCGUAAGUUCUUAACGGAUCGUUGUAAGGAGGUACCCGGCAAACUUUACCAAAUAUCUUAUCCAUUUGAUGAGUACAAAACUGGUCGCAACUUACGCAUGUCGCCAAUAUAUCCGGCUCUACAAGAUGCUGGUGCUGUUUUUGGUCAAACAAUGGGGUACGAAAGACCUAAUUACUUCGAUGCCAAAAAUGUUAAGGAUGAGUUUGGUCUGCCACAAUUUCGCAUAGCCCAGACUAAAACCUUUGGCAAACCACCAUGGUUUGAUCAUGUAGCUGCCGAAUAUAAAGCCUGUCGCGAGGGCAUUGGUUUAGCUGAUUACAGUUCUUUUACCAAAUAUGAUUUUUGGUCUAAGGGUCGUGAGGUGGUGGAACUUUUACAAUAUUUGUGCUCAAAUGAUGUAGAUGUUCCCGUUGGCAGCAUUAUUCACACCGGUAUGCAAAAUCAUUUGGGUGGUUAUGAGAAUGAUUGCUCUUUGGCGCGUCUUUCGGAACGACAUUAUAUGAUGAUAGCGCCGACCAUACAACAAACGCGUUCCAUGAGCUGGAUACGCAAGAAUAUGCCCGACCACUUGAGGGCUGGUGUUAAUGUAGCCGAUGUGACUUCUAUGUAUACAGCUAUUUGUAUUAUAGGUCCUUAUUCACGUAUCUUACUCUCAGAAUUAACUGAUACCGAUCUUUCACCUAAGAACUUCCCUUUCUUUACCUACAAGGAGUUGGACGUGGGUUUGGCUAAUGGCAUACGAGUGCUCAAUAUAACGCAUACUGGGGAAUUGGGUUAUGUUCUCUAUAUACCCAAUGAAUAUGCGUUGCAUGUCUAUUCGAGAAUUCAUCAAGGUGGCCAAAAAUAUAAUAUACAACAUGCUGGUUAUUAUGCUACACGCACCUUGAGAAUUGAAAAAUUCUAUGCUUUUUGGGGACAAGAUUUGGAUACGUUUACCACACCUUUGGAAUGUGGACGCAGUUGGCGUGUAAAAUUCAAUAAACCCAUCGAUUUUAUAGGACGAGCUGCUUUAGAGAAACAACGUGAUGAGGGUGUUAAGAGAAUGUAUGUCCAAUUACUGCUCAAUGAUCAUGAUCACGAAGUGGAUGUCUGGUGUUGGGGCAAUGAGCCUAUUUAUCGUGAUGGCAAAUACUGCGGCAUGACUACCACCACCGGUUAUGGUUUUACUUUUAAAAAACAAGUUUGUCUGGGUUUUGUACGCAAUUUCGAUGAUGAAGGCAAUGAAAUGACGGUGACCAAUGAUUAUGUGUUAUCGGGCCAUUAUGAAGUCGAAGUUGCAGGCAUACGCUUCGAAGCCAAAGUUAAUUUACACUCGCCCAAUUUACCCACCAAAUUCCCCGAUAAGGAACGUGAAGCUUAUCAUGCUACGCGUGACAAACCGGGUCAGGCUGAUUUGCUAUCAUUUAAUAAUACAGAAACUUCUUAAAUUAUUUAAAUAUUUAUUCGUUGGCAGUUAUUAGUUAUUGGGUAUUUAAUCGGCAUUUAUCUAUAAAAUCUCAUUUUAAAACAUAUUGCUUCCAAAAAGGAACCAAAAACAUUUUCAUUAAUUAAUAUGCCAUAAAACAAGUAAAGAACUACAAAAAUUCUUUCCGCCUUAUGCAAAA